CCCAAUUUUGCUUGUUCCCUGCAAUCUUCGGUCUUGUUUUUCUCUUCUCGCAAACAUUCUCUGCAAAAAGAAAUCUACCUUUAGGACUCUCCUUGAAGAACACGUUCUUGUAUUUCCUCGAUUCUUUUGUAUGCUUCAAUUCAAUUUUCAAUUUCAUAAUUUAGAAAAAGGUUUCCGUUUCCGUUUUGGUUUUGGUUUCGAUUUUGUGUUUAGUUUCUCCCGAUAAAGAGAGCGGAAGCCGCGAAUCCAAUAAUCUCAAUUCCUUCGUGAAUCUUCCUUUUCUUCCAAACAUCAACUAUCCGAUCGAAAUUUUGAUUCCUUUCUGAAAUCGAUGUUCCUUACUUCACCACAGAACCACAGAUUUCGCCAUUUAUCUCAGUUCAUCGCACUCAUUGACGAGAGAAAAGCAGAAGAAGAAGAAGAAGAAGAAGAAUCGACGCCAUGAAGAAGGUCCAUCCAGUGCCAAACAGCCAAAACAUUACUGUUCAAUACAAUCCAAAUGGCCGCAACUCGCGCUUUCGUGCUCAAGCGUUUCUAGGUUUAAGCCCUAAGAAACUCCAGCGUUUGCCCCACGUCUUCAGCCGGGUUCUGGAGCUCCCGUUUCGGUCCGAUGCCGAUGUUUCGAUUUCCGAAAACAGGAAUUGCUUCCGAUUCGUAGCGGAAACCGAGGGAAUUAGCCAAGAAUUUAGGGCACAUACGGUUCAAAUUCAUCCUGGGGUUAUCAAGGUUGUGGUCAGACAAAUUAGGCCUCUGGAAUUGUGGUUGGAUGAAUCGGAGAUCGACGCGUGGAGAUUUCGACUGCCGGAGACGACUCGGCCGGAGCUUGCAACCGCCAAGUUCGCCGGAGGGAAGCUGAUCGUGACGGUUCCGAAGACGGAGAACGCCGGAGAAAAAGGUGCGUGGGGGGAUAAGAGUGGGGGUUUCAGAGGAGGUCAUUUGGUGCUUGUACAGUGAAUUAAAUCGUUUCUCUGUUGCAAUCUCCAUUGUUGAGCAAUUUUAAUAAGAUCUGAUUAACUGCCCUGAUUUUCUCCCUCUUAGCUGAAUUAAUCAAUAUAGGUUGAUUUUCAAAGAACUUGAAGAGCAACUUUUUUCUUUAUUUCAUUUGAUUGAGAUGAGUUCUGAUUUGUUUUUCAUGGCUUGAAACUGUUUGGGUUUUGCUGUUGC